AUGCAAAAAGGUCCAUUCUCUUCUUCUUCAUCCUUCUUCUCAUCAUCUGGUAAAACUUCAGCUGGUUGUGGUAAUAAUUCCUCUUCUUCUUUAUCUUCUAUUCGAUCAUCUACAACAAAUAUUAGUAGCGGCAAAUUAAUUACAAAUAAUCCAAAAAAUAAUUUUAACUUAUCGUUAUCAUCCACCACGGGGCCUAUUACUCCAAUAAAUUCAUUUUCUUCUUCAUUUUCUUCUUCCUCCCUUUCACCUCUGGUCAGUGAAGGAGGUGAAAAAGGAAGAAUCCCUACAACAACAACAAUAUCAAAGGCAACUGUGACGACAUUACUACCUGUCUCCGCAGCCGCGCGAAAAUCGUCCUUCACGCAAAAGAGGAGCAGAAUGAUGAUUAUGGGCAAACAUGGUCGAUGUCCCUCAACUUGUCCAAGCACUUCUCCUCCUCCCUCAGAUUCUACAAAUAUAACAACAACAACAACCAAUUCUUGUUUAGAUUCCCCUGAUCAUUUAUGCCCAAAUCCUUCUAAUAUAAUUAAUUCUUCCUCUCAAUUACCACAAAAACGUAAAAGUUCUUUAAAUUCCGCGGCAUCACUUGCCGAUGCUCCUCCAACUUUAACUGCUAUUUUUGGUGGUGCCGCACAUAAUUCUCACAGUAAUAGUGACUUUCUUUUAAAUCGUCAUGGACGUUCUAAUGUUAUGGACGAAUUUAUGUCAGAAGAACAUAAGGGGAUUUCUGGUUCUCAACAGAUUCCAACAAGUUGUAGUCUAUUACAACUUCAACAUCAACAAAAUUGUAGUGAUGAUACUUCAUUAAAUUCACACUCAAUUGGAGGUGGUGGAUUUAUUGUAAGGCGGAAACACACUGUUGGAUCUGUGGGGACGGUAAACAGCAUUCAAUCAACAAUUAAUUCUUGUGGUGGUACUACAAUUGGAAGAAAAGGAAUUUUCUUUGUUAAGGAGAAACUAACACCUAUUUUGGAACGUUUAUUUGUUCAAGCAGUUUCUAGUCGUUCACAAGAAACAGAAUUAAAUUCUCUACUAAAUUUAGAACAACAUUGGACAGAAAUUGUUAAUAUUCAAAAAGUUCAAAAUAAACGUCAAAGCGAACAACAAGAAGCUCUUUGGGAAAUUGUUUCCACAGAACGGCGUUAUAUUCUUCAACUUCAAUUACUUGAAGAUUUAGAAUGGUGUUUAAUUGAAUUACAACGUCAGGGGUAUCUUAGAGAUAUUAACAGACAUUGUGUUUUUCUUAAUUAUUCUCAAUUAUUACGUUGUAAUUUACAUUUUUGGGCUUCUGCUAUUGGACCUAUGCUUCAAAAAUCAAGAGAAACAAAAGAUCCAUUAAAUGCUUUAUUACUUCGGCACGGUUUUGAAUCAAUUUUGGAUUGGUCUUUGUGUUAUAUAGAUUUUAAUAUUAGUUUAUCUGAAAGUCAUUCAUAUGUUCAAAAGAAACAAAAAGAAAAUGAAAUGUUUGGGGAAUUUGUUCGUUGGGCUGAACAACAUACUUUAUUAAAUAGACAAAAACUUGUUGAUGCACUCAGUGGGCCAAUGCAAAGAAUUACUAGAUAUUCACUUUUAUUAAAAGCUGUACAAAGAAGUGCUGCUGAUACUGAGGAAAAAUUAAUUUUACAAUCAAUGAUUGAUUGUGUUGAAGCAGCAACUCUUCGAUUAAAUUAUGAAAUGAAUAAUAAUGAUUUAAGAAUACAAUUAGCAGAAUUAAUGAAAACAAUUGAAAGUUAUGAUGUUAUAGAUAAUGAUGAAUUUGAAAGAUUAUUCCCCCUUCCUCCUUUAACAAAUUUUAAUAAUUUCCAACAAAAUAACAAUUAUCAACAACAACAACAAUUAUUAUUUGCUGCAAUUAACAGGCCUCCCCCACAUUUUAAUUUACUUUUACCUAUGCCCUUUCUUGGUUUACAACAACCAAAAUUUAGAAGGAUGUAUACACGGGGAGAUUUAAAAAUGCGUGAAGGAAAACAAAAUCCUAAAGUAAAAAAAAAGAUUAUUAUUUUUAUUGUGUUUAUGUUGGGGAAAAAGUAAUUGGAUAAAAGAUUGAAUAAAAGGAAUCAUCGUGAAAUAAACCCUGAUCGAAGCACAAUCGACUGUGCCAACAUCCAGUCUGAUAUUGGGUUACCUUUAGUUAUUUAUAUUCCUUCUGUAAGUGGGAGCGGGUAC